AUGAAGCUAAUUCUUUCUCUGACUCUCAUCUGGGCUCUCUCCAGCACAACUGCAGCACUUGUGUGUCAGACUUGCACUGAUGAUUCAUGUACAAGCACAGUGCCACUAACAUGUUCCACAGAGACGAUGUGUAUAACUGCCGCCAUUGAAGCUGUUUCAUCUGGAACUCCUGGACAACAAAUCUUCAAGGCAUGUGCACCGUCCUCCCUUUGUCCAGCCACAGGAUCUCAGAUAUUUUCAGUCAACUUGGGUGUUUCGAGUGCACUUGCAUCUACUAUAUGCUGCAACACAGAUAACUGCAACUCAGCCACUCUAUCAUUCCCCACCACUCCAUCAGUCAACAGCCUCCAGUGUUAUUCAUGUGACCCUGCCACAUCACAAUGCACCACUUCAGUACAGUGUACAGGAACACAAGAUCGCUGCUUUCAAUCAAGUGGUGAGUCUUUUUUAUUAUAUAUGUUAGUCAUUUGCUGUUCCAACUUCAUCUGCUGCCACAACAACUACCGUCCCAACUACAACCACAGCUGUUCCAACUUCAUCUGCUGCCCCAACAACCACUGCCCCAACUUCCACUGCUUCAUCAACCUCAAAUGCGUCACAAGAACAACUGCUGCCCCAACUACAAACAACUGCUGCCCCAAACAACAACUGCUGCCCCUAACUACAACCCAGCUGUUCCAACUUCAUCUGCUGCCCCAACAACCACUGCCCCAACUUCCCACUGCUUCAUCAACCCCUCAAAUGCUUAACUACAACCGCCGCCCCAACUACAACUGCUGCCCAAACUACAACAACUGCUGCUUCAUCAACCUCAAAUGCUGCUGCAACUACAACUGCUGCCCCAACUUCAACUACUUCAUCAACUCCUAA